GCGUUUAGCCUUCUGUUACAUCAGAACAUUUAAAAGAUCGAUUCAAAUUAUGUUGCCCCUUCAGUGGUGACACUGUCCUCCUGAGAAUCCGCGAAAUGCAUACAACCUCCAAACGCUGCCACACGCUGUCGCUGGCUGCCACUGCAAGGCAUGCCAAUUUCCUCUUCAAUGACCGACGUUGCUUUCCCAACGAAAUGAAGAGGAAUAGAAGAUAAUCAAGCUCUUCACCCAAAACUGCUGGAUUACAGGCUAUUAAAGGAUAAAACGUUUUUGACUGAAAGGGAUAUCACACAUGCCAACGCUUGCCGGGUACCCUGGUACCUGGAAUUUGCUGCCACGUAAUUAGUUCGGACCGAAGUUUAUUCUAGUGUGAUGAUACGGAUCUCCUGUUUGACAGGGAAAGUAUGAAAUAUAUUACAUGAAAAACAUACAUGACAUAAGAAAUCGUAUAACAAGGGUCUUUAGCCUAGUCUUCGAGGGAAAGGUGCUUUCUGCCGAAAAACCUACAGUACAGGUAAAUGUAGACUAUGCUAAUUUUUUUCUUCUCAAAAGGUAAAUUAGAUGCACACCAUUUUCAACCUGGUCUCAGAGCAAAACAUAUUAUGUUUUACUAAAAUCCGUGUCACUCAAUUUAGUAUGAUAUUGUAGCGACCCUGGAUUAUAAGCGCAGAUAUCGACUGUGCCACAUGAGCAUGCUUUUGUGGCACAGUCGAUGGCACGCUGGGUUUCGGGCCAGAAGGUUGAGUGUUCAAGCGGCACUCCCUGCCUGUUUCAUUACAAUAUGUUACUUUACGUUAGGUUACAUUACAUUGGCCUACCAAUGUAAUAGUGGUCAUACAAUAUAAUACGAAUUGUAGGACGUAUAUUAUCCUACAUCUUGAUCAUUUAGUAUGAUAUAUUAUGUUCCACUGCUUUAGUAUGAUAUGCUAUGUUCAACUGAUUUAGUAUGAUAUAUUACAUUUCACUGCUUUAGUAUGAUAUAUUACAUUCGACUGCUUUAGUAUGAUAUAUUACGUUUGACUGCUUUAGUAUGAUAUGCUACAUUAGGUUAGGGGUUAAGGUUAGGGUUAAGGUUAGGGUUAGGAGUUAUCUUAAUGGGUUAGGGUUAGCUACCAUGCUAAGUAGUUGCAAAGUAGCUAAAAUGUAGUAAGUAGUUGCAAAACGUAUGAUAUGUUACGAAUUCUAGCUAGGUGGUUAGGUGGCUAACAUUAGCUUGCUGGCUAAAGUUAACUAGGCUAGGGGUUAGGGAUUAGGGUUAAGGUUAGGGUUAUGUUUAGGAGUCAGGUUAAAGGGUUAAGGUUAUCUGUUUAUUUGUAGGCAGUAUCACAUUCCUUUAGAAUAUUGCAUUGAAACAUUGAUUUGUCAUAUUUUGUUGAUAAAAAAUAUAUUCAUUUUUGUUCAGCUUUCCCUUUAGAAUGUGACUAUAGUCUACAGUUAUUUUAAGUAAAAAAAUGAGAUAUUGUAGGUAGUCAAUAUUUAGACUGUUGAAGAGCUGGGCUAUAUUUGAAGUAGUAUGUCAGAUGACAAAGCCAACAUUGGCAGUCACUCCAACAAUGCAAAUUCCAUCUCACCAUAUGAUAGGCGUGCUUGGGGACCCAGGUUUAGUUGGCCCAGAUAUGUCUUCCCUAGGUACAUGGUGGCCUUAUUUCUAAAAGCCACAUUUAUAUUAGAGGAAAGUAAUUGCAUUGUAAAACUUGUUAAAAUCAAAAGCAAUUUUAAUUGAUUCCAUUUACGACCUAAAAUAUACAUUUAUUAAACCUCUUGUCACUUUCUUUUUUUAUUUGUUGGUAUUUUACCCCCUUUUUCGUGGUAUCCAAUUGGUAGUUACAGUCUUGUCCCACCGCUGCAACUCCCGUACGGACACAGGAGAGGCGAAGGUCGAGAGUCAUGCGUCCUCCGAAACACAACCCAACCAAGCCGCACUGCCUCUUGACACAGUGCCUGCUUAACCUGGAAGCCAGCCGCACCAAUGUGUCGGAGGAAACACAGUACACCUGGCGACCAAGUCAGCGUACAUUGCGCCCGGCCCGCCACAGGAGUCGCUAGUGCGCGAUGGGACAAGAACAUCCCUGCCGCCCAAACCCUCCCCUAUCCUGGACGACGCUGGGCCAAUUGUGCGCGGCCCAUGGGUCUCCCGGUCGCGACAGAGCCUCGACUCUCUAGUGGCACAGCUAGCACUGCGAUGCAGUGCCUUAGACCACUGCGCCUCUCGGGAGGCCCAAACCUCUUGUCACUUUCAUGAGGCAGAUGUUGGUCUACUAGGCCUAUCCCUAGUUGGUAAGGCUAGUAAAAUGUUUGUGUGUGUGUGUGUGUGUGUGUGUGUACACCCGUACUGUCAAUGUGAGUGUGUUAAUGCAAGUAAUGAAGACCUUUCAGAUAGCUUAACCUUAAUGUCUUCAUUAUGAUGAAGAACUGUCUGUGGGACGCCAAUACAACUCCAUUAAGAAGACUGUCUAAGAGAGUACUCAAGUCAAAUGUGAUUUUCAAGGUUUUUCUCUCCCUGCUGGUUAACUGAUUGAUUAUUGGCACCAGACAUACCCUUCAUCUGGUGUGCCAGUCAGUCCUGCACACCUUGAGGGCCGGAUUUGAGAAAGGGAUCCCCCAACCGCACAAACUACUAGAGCAACAAGCUAGCUUUACAUAAAGCAGGCAACUGUUGCAAGCCUAAGAUGUUGUAUAACCUUAACCUCAGUGGUGGAAUAAGAUUUCCAACACAGUCCGUAUUACUGAACCACUUCACUGAAUGAAGACUACUCUCCACACACCCUUACCACACCCAAAGAACAGCUAUUAAUAGUUAUCAUGUGGUUUGACUAUGUCUCUUUACUGUUGCAGUUAUUUUGUACAGGACCUUCAAGUGGAUCCGUGAACAGUCAGAAUGAAAUGGGAGAAGUUAAAGCCUCCAGAGCCAGAUGAUCCCAUGUGCUGUUGUGAGUGUGAUGUAGACCAACAUGGAUGCUGCUGUGACUGUGAGGAUCUGGAUGAAGCUUGCAACAGGUGAGGGGGUGGAAUGAGGAGGAGGAUCAUGGCAGGACUCAACAGUCCAAGUUCAGGUCUAACCCCCUACCCUCUCUGUGUUUCCCUCUCUGUCAUCCCUAACCUCAUGUCUUUUCCAGGUGGCUAAAGGGAGAGCCUCAGAAACCUGACUGUGUGUUGCCUGUGUUUGGCGCAGUGAUGGACCGGCUGAGGGUGAGACUGUUAUCAGGGGACAGGCGGGUGGAGCUCUCCAUGAUCCCAGCUCUAGUGCUGCUUCCUCUGCUGCUGCGGCUGGCAGCCCUGCACUUCCUGUUGGGCUUAGUCAUUAUGACAGCCCUGCCUGGCCUGGUGCUGUGGUACUACUACGCCACACACCGGAAUAAGGGCCGCACCCUCUUCUUCCUCAGCCUGGCGCUCUUCUCCCUAGCCUACAUGUACUUCCUCUUUGUCACAGAGAUCCUACCUCGUGGGGAUGUAAGUCACCUGCAGCUUGUGACCGUGACAACGGGUGUGGUUCUCACACUUAUCUCCCUUGUGCGCACCAAGAGGGGGCCAGGCUUCGUGCAGCCUUCCCUGGCUGACACACACAGCACCAAUCAAAACCAACUGCCUGACAAACACUCUGCCUCUCAGAAUGGAGUGGACCAGUCGAUAGUGCCAGCACCCCCAGCCAAACCAGUGGAACAGCAGACACAGUCCCUGACAGCAAAGGGGGGCAAUUGUCCUCUGUGCAGAGUGGUGCGUCCCCCGCGGGCGGGACAUUGCCGGAUCUGUGGAGGCUGUGUCCAGCGCCUGGACCACCACUGUAUCUGGUGGGUUUCAUUAAACGUCUUUGUCAGUUGUGGAGGAAUUGAGUAUUAUUAUGCCAUUAUUUGUGCAACGACAGGACGACUUAUACAAAAAAUACCUUUCUGCAACACAAAGAUGACUACAUCCUUAUCAUAUCUGCCUACAUUCCCCUACUAUACAAACACACAAUAUCUUAAUCUCUAAGACCCUCACACUUACAGUAUAUCCACUCAACAAUACUCUUCCACACGAUCAUGAUCUCAUUAAGUGUCACAUUGUCAGGCCAAGAAGACCAGGCUGUAGAGACAUGUGCAGGGCCCACAGGGGUUCACCCUUCAGCAGGGUGAGGCGACCUCAAACCAGGACAAUCUGUCACUUAUGGCAUUUACACAACCAGACACAGAGUAUGUACUCAUUAUCUCACAUUCAAACUAAUUGUGCUCUCACAUGCAACCACAGCAUAAGUUGGUUAUUUGAACUGAGGGUGUAUUGUCUGUGUGUGUGUGUCGUGUCUGUCACUGCGGAGGCAGGAUAAACAGCUGUGUCGGCAAGGCCAAUCAUCGCAACUUCCUGCUGACCCUGCUCCUCUUCCUGUUGACCUCUCUGUAUGGGAUCAGUCUGGUGCUGCGGAGCGUGUGUCCCCGACAGAACCUGCUCACUGCGCUACUCUACUGCCCUGGCGUCUACAAUCAGUACAGGUACACUAUGGUACCUGGGAUUUGCUUAAAAAUUGCACACACAAACAAAUGAGUUACAAAAUGACAAUUCAUGAUUUAUUUGGUUUUAUUUGGGAUUCAUUGAAACAAGCACCACUUUAUUGCCUACUAUUAGGCACCAGGUACCCAUUGGGCAAAAACUGGUUGAAUCAAUGUUGUUUUCACGGCAUUUCAACCAAAAAGAUCUAUGUGAAAACUGAUUGGAUUUUCAAAAAGUCAUCAAUGUAAGGGCAUUUCUUCUUUUCUUUUACCCAACUUUUAACCUAAAUGACAUGGUGACAUUAUUUGUUGAUUUCACAUUGAAUUCACGUCAGUUGACAACUCAACCAAAUAGAAAUCAAAACUAGACGUUGAACUGACUUUUGUGGCUAGUUACCAACUGUUUUGAGUUACUUGAAAUAAAUAUUUAGUUGAACUAAAAUCAACUGAAAAAUAAAGUGUUAUGUUGUUUUCAAAGUGUAACUAUGCAGAUGUCUUUACAGCUCAGCCCUGUGCUUCACCUGUGCCUGGUACAGCAGUAUUGUCACAGGAGGCCUGCUGCACCUGCUGGUGCUGCAAAUUAUCAAUAUCAGCUACAAUGUGACAGAGCGGGAGGCACAACUUGCUCUGCGGAAGAAAAAUGACCAGAGUCAUCUGCGUGGCCUCGUUGUAGAUACAGGGGUCUACUCACGUGGCUUCUGGCAGAACUGGGCUGAAUUCCUGACCAUGGGAGAGCCUGCAGAUAGACAUGCCUCCGCCCUCACUGACUUGGUUUAGCCUUGGCUUAACACCAUGCCACUAUGCCCAACCAGUUCAACACUGCUGGGUUUCAACUGGAAACGCCUUUCCUCAACCAUGCUGGUGAACUCUCAACUGCCCUUUGGGCACGCAAACGUAUUGCAACUCAGAGAUGUUCGUUUUAAAUUGUUAAAUAGACCUCUAUAUUCCAAACACAGGUAGAGAAAAUAACUAUGUUCCUCUAGGUUGUCAUGGAUACGACACUCUUAGUAUUAGUUAUGACAUGGUGUAAAUAUAAAGGGCUGCUCUUGGUAUUUAUUGAGGUUUUAACCUCUGACAAAUAUCUGUUUGAUUUUGCUGGCUAUCAUUUUCCAAAAUGAUGUGAAGAUUCUUAACUAUGGCAGACUAAAUAGCAAUAGAUGAAUGGACAUGCAUGACUUAGAGAACAUGUUUAUGAAACUGUAAACUACGUAUUGACAUUUAGAGUGCGCCUGACCAUAAGGUCACACAGGCGAAGAAUACUUCAAAGGGAAGAAAGCUGUGCAUGUUUUGACAGACAUGACACACAUCCUCUCACCCACACCCACAUACUCUUUGUAGUUACAUUGCU